AGAGUGAUGUUCUUUUCAUUUUAUCGAAGUUCAGCAAUUUUAGGCGAUUAUACGAAGAUGCGCACAAUUGUUAAAGUAGGGAGGAUUUAUUUCGCAAAUCAUGAAAAUCAAAACUCUGAAAAAAUGAACAAAUUAUUACGAAAAUAUUAUGAGGUUUGACGUCAAAAUGUCAAAAUGUCAAAAUGUCAUUUUGACAUUUAAUGACGUUAGUUUAUUACUCAUUGACAAUAUUGGGAGGUAUAGCGAUUCCAGGAAAAGUGUAUAUUUUUUAUGUCUACGUAAUCUCGCAAAAGCAAGAAUCUAAUACACAAAUGCUUAUAUAUACGACUGUGCAAGGAUGCUAAAAAUAUAUCCUCAUAGAUAAUAUGACAUUUUGGCGCCUACGUUCGCAGCAGAUCCCGAAUAUUUCAAGGCCAUUAUAAAUUUACUUUGGAAUUAUCGAUGCCGCGAAAAGGUGGCGCUAUUUUCGGACUUCCGUAUCAGCUGAUAACGAAUGACACGGCCUGGAUUGGUCGGGCAAUCGCGACAGAUUUCCUCUCCGUCUUCGCGAUCCAGUGCGAUCCAGUGCACCCGGCGAGGUCCUUCGAGGGAUCUUUUUCAAAAUUUUUCUAUUUACAUCUGUGUGUGGGCUUCCGCGAUCAUCGUCAAUUUUCGUUUAACAAAGAGCGAGCAACAAGUUACGAUUAAUACAAGUCGACGCGACAUUCAAUCAAUUAAUUGGUUUUAUCGAAAUCCAGGUCAAAAUGAGUGGCCAGAAGACGGUGCCGAACAGUGUCAAGUUCCUAAUUGGUGGCACUUCUGGUAUGGCAGCAACAUGUUUUGUACAGCCAUUGGAUUUAAUAAAAAAUCGCAUGCAGCUAAGUGGUACAAAAACAUCAACACUAAGUGUUACAUCAGCAAUUUUAAAAAAUGAAGGUGUUUUGGCAUUAUAUUCCGGCUUAUCUGCUGGUUUAAUGCGACAGGCUACAUAUACUACCACUAGACUUGGAAUAUAUACUUGGCUUAUGGAGAUUUCUUCACAAGAUGCUCAACCAAGUUUUAUCGUAAAAGCAUUACUUGGUAUGGUAGCUGGGUGUGUCGGAGCAUUUGUAGGUACACCUGCUGAAGUAGCUUUAAUUAGAAUGACGGCAGAUGGAAGAUUGCCUAUUGCGGAGAGACGCAACUACAAAAAUGUGUUUGAUGCAUUAUUCCGUAUAAUCAAAGAGGAAGGUCUCUUUACUUUAUGGCGUGGUGCCAUUCCUACUAUGGGUCGUGCCAUGGUUGUAAAUGCAGCACAAUUGGCAUCGUAUUCUCAAGCAAAACAAGCAUUGUUAGAUACAGGAUAUUUUGAGGAAAAUAUUGUACUGCACUUUGCGAGCUCAAUGAUCUCUGGUUUAGUCACCACUGCUGCUUCCAUGCCUGUCGAUAUAGCUAAAACAAGAAUUCAAAACAUGAAAACAAUAAAUGGCAAGCCAGAGUUUACGGGCGCGAUUGAUGUUCUGACUAAAGUCGUAAGAAAUGAAGGAUUAUUUGCAUUGUGGAAAGGAUUCUUCCCAUAUUAUGCACGUUUGGGACCUCACACAGUCUUGACAUUUAUUUUCCUGGAACAAAUGACCUCUUCUUAUAAAAUAUAUUUUAAAUAGUUACAAUUGUGUGCUUGCAAAAAGUUU